ACAUACCUAGUUAUUUUACCAUGUAUAAUAACACUAUAAUGUGUUAAAACUUAAACCUAACCUUUGUGCUUGUAUUUACCGGCUUUAGCCUUUAACUUUUUCAAGACCUUUUGGCUUUUAUAUUUACAACUACGUGAAUUGAUGGUACUUACUUUUUAAUAAUUUAAUUAAGUUCAUUAAUUAAAUUAUUAUUUGUUAAAAUAAUUACUCGGUAAAUAAUAAUAGUGAUACGUUUUUAUUCAAAUAUAAAACAUUGAUAAACGAUAAUAGGUGUUCCGUGUUCUGACUUUUGUUACAUAGCUCAAUACUUCAAUAUUGUUAUAGUUAUCUUCAGUAAUUUUGUAAAAUAACAAAUACAUUAAUAAUGUCUGUAUUCGAGGAAAAUACCAAUCCUACGAAUAAUUACAAAGACAUACAGCAGUUGACUGCUGAAAUUGAAGCCAUAAAAGAAGAAUUAAUUUUGAAAACCGAACUUCUCAAAAUGAAAAAGAAACAAUUCUUAGCUCCAUCUGAAAUAAGUCGGUAUAGUCGUCAAAUGAUUCUCCCUGAAAUCGGUAUUGAAGGACAAAAGAAAUUAAAAGCUUCAAGUGUAUUAAUUGUUGGUGUCGGUGGGCUUGGAUGUCCGUCGUCAAUGUAUUUGACCAGUGCUGGUGUAGGUACAAUCGGAUUGGUUGAUUAUGAUAUUGUGGAAAUAAACAAUUUACACCGACAAUUGCUACAUGCCGAAGCAAAUUGUGGCAUGAGGAAAGUUGAAUCCGGAAAACUGUCAUUGGAACGUAUAAACCAAAAUGUCAACAUUGUCACUCAUGAUGUACAAUUGGACGGUCAUAAUUCAAUUGAAAUUUUCCAACACUAUGACGUAAUUAUAGAUGCCAGUGACAAUCUAGUAACGAGGUACAUAGUUAAUGACACAUGUGUAAAAACUGGUAAACCUUUAGUUUCCGGGUCCGCUAUUCAAUGCGAUGGACAAUUGGCUGUUUACAACUAUAAGGGAUCAGUGUGCUUCAGGUGUCUACACCCUAAACCACAACCACCAGAGACAGUCGGUAACUGUUCUUCAGCAGGAGUAUUAGGUCCAGUUCCGGGCGUUAUUGGUGUACUGCAAGCAAUGGAAGCUAUAAAAAUAAUUACUGAUCAUCCCAACGUUUUGUAUAAUAAUUUAGUUGUUUACGAUGGAGGCGAUUGUGAUUUUAAGAAAAUCAAAUUAGCUAACAGUAAACGGAAAGGAUGCAUUUGCACAAAGCAGCCCGAAGAGAUAUCGAUCGACACAGACUAUGAAUUAUUUUGUGGAUCAAAGGCAAACGAUAAGGUUAAAAGCAUUAAUCUACUUCAAGAAAAUGAACGUUUAACAGUGUUGGACUUACAAAAAUAUGUAUCAGAGAACGAGCCGAUAUUAGUAAUAGACGUUCGUAAGAAAGUAGAAUAUGACAUGUGUCAUUUACCGUUUUCAAUAAAUAUUCCAUUAGAUGAUUUAAAAACUGAACAAUCACAUUCUCAGUUAAUCGAGAAAAUUAACUUGAGUUACACUAAAAUACCAAGUUUAAUAACAGUUUGUCGCCGAGGUAAUGAUUCACAAAGAGCCGUGAUGGAAUUGAAAAAAAAGUCUAUUUUAAAAAAUAAAGUCAACUGGAUAAAAGAUGUCAUCGGUGGACUUCACGAAUGGAGUAAACAAAUAAAUACUAAUUUUCCAAUAUACUGAAAGUAAAAAAAAUUAGUGAUUAUUAUAUGAUUGUAUUAUAUUUGUAUGUAUAACUUUCUAAAAUAAAUAUUUUAUUCCCCAACAAAAAUUUUAAUAUAAUG